UCCCUAAGUCAGCUGGGAUAGACUCCAGUCCCCCAUGACCCUAAUGAGGAUUAUAAUACGUUAGACAAAUAUUGUAAUGUUGGAGACAUUUAUUCUUCAUUAUGUUUGUGCUGUUGGUUGCACAUGCAGUAUGUGAGCAUGCAGAAGUGACAGUGAGGUUAGGGGGCGCUGUGGAGAUAGCAGAGGGUUGAUGUAGGGGAGAGAGGAAGAGAAGAGAGAGAGCGGGUGUCAAGAGCAGACCUAGAUAUGUCGCGUGAAGAACUCACUAAAAGUUAUGAACAGACCCAAAAUAUGUCCGGAGUGAUUCUUCUAUACGCCCCAAACAUCCACGACACUUACACUACUAUUCAAAAGUUUGGGGUCACCCACACAAUUUCAUGUUUUCCAUGAAAACUCACACUUUUAUUCAAGGGUUUUCUAAUCCUCAAUUAGCCUUUCCACACCAUUAGCUAACACAAUGUAGCAUUAGAACACAGGAGUGAUGGUUGCUGGAAAUGUUCCUCUGUACCUCUAUGGAGAUAUUCCAUUAAAAAUCAGCUGUUUCCAGCUAGAAUAGUCAUUUACCACAUUAACAAUGUCUAGACUGGAUUUCUGAUUCAUUUAAUGUUAUCCUCAUUGAAAAAAAUGCUUUUAUUUUGGAAAAAAUAAGGACAUUUCUAAGUGACCCCAAACUUUUGAACAGUAGUGUAAGUGGUGCAUAGAUAAUGGAUGGAUGGACCUGGGGGAGAACCUUUAACUUUGAAUUGGCAGGCUAAAACUAGCUUCAGUUCAGAUGUCAGCAAAGAUAUCUAAACAGAUUUUAAAAAAUGAAAUGACAAAAAAAACCAACUGACAAGUAGCUGACUUCAAUGGCUUUAAAAGUCACAAAGCAUUAAGUCUAUCCCAGCCAGGUCCAACCCUUUAAUGUGUGAAGAUGAAAUCAGUUGUUGUUGGUGCUAUUUGCAGUCAGCCAUGCAAACGUCCCGUCACCUGUCUGUCAAUGGAGAAGUGCCAUUAAUUCUACAUCAUCCUAAUCUGAAUACAAUUUAGUUUUUGAAAUUCUGACUUUUUUUUACUGGCAGAAAUACAGGUCUUUUAAUCACAAGGCAUACAAACCAUGAGUCUGUAUUCAGCUUCCUAACACAACAGAGAGGUGAAGCUGAUAACCCAACUUCACUUCUGAGUAGAUCGUGAUUCAUGUGAAUGUUUUCUAUGCUGAAUCCCGGCGUGAUUAAACGUUUACCAUCGCUCUGAGUUGAGGAAGAGGAUGCUGAGCACUGAAUUUUCACUUGUAUGAAAUUUAUCGUCUUUCUAUGAGCUGCAUCCAUGGAGUCCAAUGUUCCGGAGCAUCAACGGCUGAUUAAAAGCAGAGACGCCUCCACAACCUCUAUCUCUGUCCCCAUUACUACGGCUCAGCAGAAAAUUCAGCUGAUUCACCUUUGCUGUCACAAACGAAAAUUCAGCGCGUGGACCUCUAAGAGAGCCUGAAGUCUUCCUGUUCUCCAGAGAACUGAAAGUGUGAGUUUAUCUCUACAUGGGUCUGAGCCCCAGCGGCAGAGCUCCCACCGACACAGAGUCCCGCUGCAGCCCUCGGCCUCCGGCUACCAGGCAGCGGACAGACCUCUCGCCUUCCCCUCCUGUAGGAAGGCAGACAUCAUGGAGGAAUCCUCGGCUGAAGCCCCCGACUCCAGCACUCAGGACGAUGUGCCUCCACUUGCUGUGAAGGAUGUGAACGUGCUGCUGGAGAGAGAAAGGUCAGAAGGCAUCAGCAGCCCUUCCAGAGACGACGACUCCACCCUGCAGAACCCAGGAACCAACAGCAGCAUCCUGGACGACAACACUAAGACUGACUCAGCCCUCCCAGAGGGGAGGAGUAAAUCCAGCAGCCUUUGCUUCAGCGAUGGAAAGAGCCGCAUUGACUACAUCCUGGUUUACAGAAAAUCCAGUUCUCAGUCAGAGAAGAGGGAGAUAUUUGAGCGGAACAUCCGUGCAGAGGGCUUAUACAUGGAAAAAGAGGCCUCUUUAACAAACAGUGACGUGAUCUUCCUGAAGCUUCAUGCACCGUGGGAUGUUCUCUGUCGCUACGCAGAGCUCAUGAACAUUCGCAUGCCUUUUAGGAGGAAAAUCUUUUACCUGCACCGACGGCACAAGUUCAUGAGCAGGAUGGAGAAACGCAUCAACAAAUUUCGAGGCUGGCUUCCCCGUAAGCCCAUGAAGCUGAACGACACCCUGCCAGACCUGGAGGAGAACGAGAGCUUUACUGCCCCCUUCAGUCGAUCCAGAAUCCAUCAUUUCAUCAUCCACAACAAAGACACAUUUUUCAACAACGCAACCAGAAGUCGAAUCGUCCACCACAUCCUCCAGAGGGUCAAAUACGAAGAGGGGAAAAAUAAGAUGGGGCUUAAUCGUCUUUUGAGCAAUAACUCGUAUGAGGCAGCUUUCCCUCUUCAUGAGGGGAGCUACCACAGCAAGAACUCCAUCAGAACACAUGGAGCAGAGAACCACCGUCACCUGCUGUAUGAGUGCUGGGCCUGGUGGGGGGUCUGGUACAAAUACCAACCUCUGGACCUCAUCAGGAGGUAUUUCGGGGAGAAGAUCGGUCUGUACUUCGCCUGGCUCGGCUGGUACACAGGGAUGCUGUUUCCUGCAGCUCUGGUCGGCCUGCUGGUAUUUCUGUACGGUGUUUUCACUCUGGAGCACUGCCAGGUCAGCAAAGAAAUCUGCCAGGCCACUGACAUCAUCAUGUGCCCCAUCUGUGAUCAGUACUGCCCCUACCUGAGACUGUCUGACAGCUGCAUCUACGCCAAGGUCACUCAUCUCUUCGACAAUGGGGCAACUGUUUUCUUUGCUGUGUUCAUGGCAGUUUGGGCAACCGUGUUCCUGGAGUUCUGGAAAAGACGCAGAGCUGUCCUCGCAUACGACUGGGACCUCAUAGACUGGGAGGAAGAGGAGGAUGAAGUACGCCCCCAGUUUGAGGCCAAAUACUCCAAGAAGGAGAGGAUGAACCCCAUAUCUGGCAAGCCUGAGCCCUACCAGGCCUUCACUGACAAAUACAGUCGUCUGAUUGUAUCAACAUCUGGAAUAUUCUUCAUGAUACUGGUGGUGAUUGCCGCUGUGUUCGGUAUCGUCAUUUACCGUGUGAUCACCGUCAGCACCUUCGCCGCCUUUGGCUGGGCUCUCAUCAGGAACAACUCUCAGGUGGCGACCACGGGAACAGCAGUGUGCAUCAACUUCUGCAUCAUCAUGCUGCUCAACGUGCUCUAUGAAAAGGUUGCUCUCCUACUAACAAAUUUAGAGCAGCCAAGAACGGAGUCCGAGUGGGAGAACAGCUUCACCCUCAAGAUGUUCCUUUUUCAGUUUGUCAACCUUAACAGUUCAACUUUCUACAUCGCCUUCUUUCUGGGAAGAUUCACAGGCCGGCCUGGUGCGUACCUGCGCCUCAUCAAUCGCUGGAAACUGGAAGAAUGCCACCCCAGCGGCUGCCUCAUUGACCUCUGUAUGCAGAUGGGGAUCAUUAUGGUGCUAAAACAGACGUGGAACAACUUUAUGGAGCUCGGAUACCCACUGAUCCAGAACUGGUGGACACGGCGAAGGCUGAGGAGAGAACACGGCCAGAACGCCAAGGCCAGCUUCCCCCAGUGGGAGAGGGAUUACCACCUGCAGCCAAUGAAUGCCUACGGACUCUUUGAUGAAUACCUGGAGAUGAUCUUACAGUUUGGCUUCACCACCAUCUUUGUGGCAGCUUUCCCUCUGGCCCCUCUCUUGGCGCUGCUCAACAACAUCAUUGAGAUCCGUUUAGAUGCCUACAAGUUUGUCACACAGUGGCGGCGACCUCUGCCAUCACAAGCCAAAGACAUCGGGAUCUGGUAUGGCAUUCUGGAGGGCAUCGGCAUCUUGUCUGUUAUCACCAACGCCUUUGUCAUCGCCGUUACCUCAGACUUCAUCCCUCGCCUUGUUUACGCCUACAAGUACGGACCUUGUGCUGGUCAGGGCCGAGCAGGGGAGGGGUGUAUGAUGGGUUACGUCAACGCCAGCCUCUCAGUUUUCCGAGUGUCUGACUUCGAGAGGAGAUCACAGCCCCGGACCAAUGGCUCUGAGCUGUUUGGAGAAGCUGUGAAGUAUUGCAGGUAUCGUGACUACAGGGAGCCUCCAGACUCUGCUGAGCCCUACUCAUACACUCUGCAGUUCUGGCACGUCCUGGCAGCCCGGCUGGCCUUCAUCAUAGUUUUUGAGCAUAUGGUGUUUGCCAUCAAGACCCUGAUUGCAUACCUGAUACCUGACCUCCCCAAGGACCUGCGGGACAGAAUGCGCAGAGAAAAAUACCUGAUCCAGGAGAUGAUGUAUGAGGCCGAGCUGGAGAGGCUGCAGAAGGAGAAAAAUGAGAAGAAAAAGAAAGACAGGGCCCAUCACAAGGAAUGGCCCUGAACACACCAACUGGUUGUCAGCUGGUGUUUGGUUUCAGUGGAGGGAGAUGCUGGGUUUCCUGCAUGUCCUGGACCCUCAUACCUUCCUCCUACCAUGUCAGACUAGCACCUCCUGCUGGACAGUCACUGAACUGCAUCCAGCACAGUGACCACGGAGCCUCUGUGUCUGCAUAUAGACCAGACAUCCUCUGGAACAUUUGGCAGCAGGUUUUACUACUUCUUUUCUCCACCUUGGACUCUCAGCAGCGUAUGUCUUCAGAUCCUGAAUGUAGAUUUCAAGCAAGAUUCAACUUUUUCAAAUGUUUUUGUCUUAGAUGAGAGAAACUAUUCUCCAAGGCUUACUGAAUGACAAACCUGUUUACAUUUCUCCUUGUUUAAGGAGUUCACAUUUUGCUUUAUUGUAAAUAAAUAUAUUUAAAUGAAUGUCAGGCCAUCUGCUCUGCUAUAGUGUAGUGCAAUAAAAAUCAAAGUUACAUAAAGAUCUAUUCUAUCCAGGCUGUGGCGCUGUCCACAGUUUGCUUAUAUUGGAAAUGCUUUCCAUUUGAAUUUAGAUUGAUAAUCACGGUAAUAAACAUUAUUUAUUGUAAAGAAAUUUGACUUUGUCUUUGUUUUUCAUUGUCAACUAAUUGUAUGGAGUCAGUAGGUAGGUAUUUACAAUCCAGGCCAAACAAAGAAAAAUGUGGAGAGAGGGAAAAAAGUACCAAAAGAAAAAACACUGAAUAAAAUGCUAAAUGAGUCCCUGUAGUUUCCAAAAAGUUUUCUUUAAAGAAUAAUGUGGAGUUUGCUUGUUCUCCAUGUGUUUUCACCAGGUGCUUCGGCUUUCUCCCACAGCUCAAACACAUGGAUAGUAGGUUAAUUGGUAAUUCUUUCAAAAAAUGUAGGGACUUCAGUUGGGGAAAAAAAACACAAAAACAGGAAAUAUACACAUUUACUGUUGAUAUUGUGCAGAUUGUUCAAAACUAUUCUGUUGAAAUAAUGUUGCACGGACUGAUGCUGCACAGUUUCAAAAAUGUAGACUUCAUUCAAUGUACAAAAUAUUACUCUUGCACAGGAUGGAAUGCACUGAUGUUGAAAUAUGUCACUUUUUUAUGAUGUGUGGUCUACUGGGAGCAGUGCUGGUUUUAAAGUCUGACAGCAGGAAGACCUGAGUUAUCUGCUCUUCACACACUGCAGGUGAAGUAGCCUGUCACUGAAGGAUAACACACGUAUGUGGAUGUGUGUGUGUUUGUGUAUGUAUAUAUAUAUAUAUAUAUAUAUUUAUAAUGUUUGAAUAUAUAUAU